GGUACAAAAUGUUACUGUGCAAUUUCAACCAACACACCGAAAAGUUACCGCACACGAAUGCAAUCGUUUGUACGAGACCAUGUUGACGACUCAGCUGGGCAUUUCUGUCCAGAAGCAGCAGGAGUUUUUUGAUUGUGUGAAACAGUUGCAGUCAUUUACCAGUCAUUUUUUUCUAGUUCUUUAUUGCUCCAUCUAUGUCAUCAUGGCUACGGCAGUCCUGAUGAUAUUCUACGAACAACAAAUCGAUUCCUGUUUGACGAGCAUGGUGGAAGUAGUAUUUUUGUUACUACAAAGUUGGUUGAUCUGCGACAAGAUCGAAAACCUUCAAAACACGACCAAUCGAAUGGGAAGCAUCGUAUUUUGUUUACCAUGGACAACAAAACUUGACUUGUAUGGCUUGAUAAACCGUGGAAAGGUUCAGUCCUAUUUGUUGAUUAUAUUACGAUGCCAACGUAGGAUGGAUUUUACCUGCGGAGGAUACUUCGAUAUGUCUAUGGAGAAUUUUUCCUACCUAUCGCGCAAGAGCGUCUCUCUGUUGAUGUUCCUGUUGAGUUUUAAGAAAUGAACGCUUGAAUCUUACUCGUAAUAGACCGAUUCCACCGGAAGUGGAAUUUUUUUAUAAAUUGCAUAUUUUAUUCGGCUUAAAUUUUGCAUACGCAUUCUAUAU